GGCUGGGCCUGGCUGUGGGAGGAGAGCGUGGCGCGCUCGGUGGAGGGCCUGCUGCUCCGAGGCGGCGGCGGCGGUGGCAGCGGCGGCAUGCGCGUGUGAGAUGCGGCCGCGGGCAGCCCGGACGCGAGUGGCGGCCCCCGAGGCAGCGGCGCAGGCGAACGCGGCCUCUUCAGAGAGCGGCGCGCGGUGCAUGAGGGGGAGCGCGCGGGCGCUGGGCAGCCGCCGGCCACGCCGCCUCUAUAAACACUUGUUUAGGACUUGUUUGCCUCGCUGAGGCUGCGGCGCCGGGCAUGGAGCCCCCGUCCGAGCCGGAGCCCGAGCCCCAGCCCCUUGCAGAGGCCUCGGCCGCCGCGCCGCUGCGCGUCGCGGAGGUGGCGCGGCUUCGCGAGGAGCAGCAAAAGGUGGUCACUAACUGCCGAGAGAAAAUCCAGCAUUGGGAGAAAGUGGACAACGACUACAGUGCUCUUCAAGAGAGACUGAGGAGCUUGCCUGACAAGCUGUCUUACGACAUCAUGGUACCAUUUGGACCUCUUGCCUUCAUGCCAGGAAAACUUGUCCACACUAAUGAAGUCACUGUUUUACUUGGGGACAACUGGUUUGCAAAGUGUUCAGCAAAGCAGGCUGUGGGUUUAGUUGAGCAUCGGAAAGAACAUGUAAGAAAAACAAUAGAUGAUUUUAAAAAAGUGCUGAAAAAUUUUGAAUCCAGAGUUGAAUUUACAGAGGAUUUGCAGAAGAUGAGUGAUGCGGCAGGUGAUAUUGUUGACAUAAGAGAAGAAAUUAAAAGUGACUUUGAAUUUAAAGGAAAACAACGAAUUGCUCAUAAACCUCACUCCAAACCAAAAACUUCAGAUAUUUUUGAAGCAGAUUUUGAAAAUGAUGUAAAAGCUAAGGAUAUGCUUGCUGAUGAGGAGCUAUGGGCUCGACUUGAAGAGCUAGAGAGACAAGAAGAAUUGCUGGGUGAACUUGAUAGUAAGCCUGACACUGACAUUGCAAAUGGAGAAGACACAGUGUCUUCUGAGGAGGAGAAGGAAGAUCAAGGCACAGGUGUGAAUGUGGUGCCUCCAGUGACAGACUCCUUUUCCCCCAGCAGCUGUUGUAGGAAUGCUGGACGAUCAGGACUCCCUAAUGGUCAAGCUAAUAGUCAUUUGAACUGUUCAGUGAAUGGUUCAAAUUCUUACCACAGCAAUGAAGAAGAUGAAGAUGAUGAUGAAGAUGAUGAUGAUGAUGAUGAAGAUAAUGGUGAUGAUGAUAAUAAUGAAAAUGACCACACUAUUUCAGCAGAUAACUCUAUACCAACAAUAUAUUUCUCUCAUACUGUUGAACCUAAAAGGGUUCGAAUAAAUACUGGGAAAAAUACCACUUUAAAAUUCAGUGAAAAGAAAGAGGAAGCCAAACGAAAACGAAAGAGCAGUGCUGGCAGCCAUGCUACGCAUGAGCUGCCUGCAAUCAGGAGCCCUGCUGAUAUUUACAGAGUCUUUGUGGAUGUUGUGAAUGGAGAGUAUAUUCCUCGGAAGUCAAUUCUGAAGUCGCGCAGCAGAGAGAAUAGUGUCUGCAGUGAUACGAGUGAGAGCAGUGCUGCUGAUGUGGAUGACCGGCGGGGGAUUCUGAGGAGCGUGAGCUCUGAGGAGGCUGCAUGCAGCGAUGCCAGUGGGAGCAUUUUGGAAGAACUCCAAGACAACCACCCCAAGAAGCCUUUGCCCUCCUCAGGAGUUUCUGAGGCUUUUUCGGGAACUGUAAUAGAAAAAGAAUUUUUAUCCCCCUCCUUAGUAUCACACUCAGCCAUUGCUCAUCAUGCUCUACCCACCAUUCCAGAACGAAAAGAAGUUCUGUCAGAAGCAUCAGAAGAGCCUGCAAAAAGGGUUUCGAAGUUCAGAGCUGCCAGGUUGCAGCAGAAAAGCUAGAGAAAGGAUGGGCUUCACCUUUGCAGCUCCAGCUGCACUGUAGGACACAGCAAAUUUGGUCCAUGGAGUUGGAAAGGUCCCGCGCCUGACAGCAGUCCCCUCACCUUUUUCAGUCGCACUUACAAAGUCAAAGUAAAUGUUUGAAUGCUGUAAUGUUCUGCUGGCUUUGUUAAUUCUCUGAAUACUGUCUAAUUGGCCUUAGGAUGCAGUAGUAGCAUUUCGAAUUACUUUUCAAAGAAUACUGUCAUGCAUUGUUUUUGUGUUUCCAACUAAACAUAGGCAGUUUUGUACCAGCUGUGAUGUUGUGCUUGCCAUAUGGACCAUAUUAAAGAAACUUAAAAAUUUUCAAAUAGAUUCAACAAUUAUAUUACUUGCUUUUACAUUUAAAGGCACUUUAAGAAAAAUCUACAUCUUUUGUAGGUUUUAUAGCUAGGUGGGUCUUUGAAAAACUUUCUUUGAAUGUUAUACUGUGGUCUUUAAGGCAAGAGGCUACACAAACCCUAUGGGAAAAUUUCACUAGGAGAAUAAUAUUUUGUACAACUUUUUUUUGCAACUAAAAUUUUGAUGAAACUUGGUUUAUAAAAUGUUGUGAACUUCCUGGUUUAGAAUUGUGUAUAAAAAUGUCAUUGAUUUGUGUGUAUGCUAUAUAGGCCAUGCCACAGAUUCUUGAAUUUUUAAAGUCUCACAAGCACCUCUCUCUCCCCCUGCAUAUAGUUUUCACUGGGAUUAUCCUUUGGGAGAGAAAAGUUUGUCUAGAUGCUUUAAAUUUUUUUUUAAAUAAAGAUUUUUUUUUUUAAUGUUUCAAUCUUCCUUAUAUUUUCAUUCUUCAAGGUUGCUUUGCUACCAAGAACAAAAAAUAAAAUAUUGUAAUUAUUUGUAGCCAAACUCCUUAAAGAGACAUUCAGUCUCUGGUUGACCAUUACAAUGCAAGUGUUGAUCAUUAGCUUGAUGCAUGCUAAAACAUAGCAUUCUGCAUUUGUACUAAAAUAAGCCAUCAGCCCCAGUCUACCCUCUAUUCAUAGCUAAAUAUUUAAAGGUUAUUUAUAGCUUCUUUAAUGAAUUCUUGCUUAAACAAAGUGAAAUUAUGUCCUAGAAAAGUUGAAGCUGUAACUAGAACAGUGCCACUGUCAAAGUUUUAUGAAAUACAUAUUUUAAUGAUAAAAGGAUAAGCUUGAAUCCAGGCUAGUUAAUGGGUAAUUCAGAAUGGGGGCUGAAUUUGAAAGACUUUUAAUAGCCAGUGUUGAUCAUCUGUACACAUUUUUUACUAAAUUUUUUUUCUUUCUGAUCACCCACUCCUAAACCAAACUAUCACGUCAUACCCACUCUAGGUACAUUUGUUCCUUCUUACCUGCCACUUAUGCUAGGCUUCCUGUGCUAACCUCCAGAUAUAAGCCUCUUUGUAGGACUGUUGUAUCUUCAGACGUGUAACUUCAAGUGUGCUGUCAUUAAAUAACUUUCCAUGUUCAUGAACUUA